AUGGCGGGACAAGAAGACAUGCUGGACUUGUGGUUCAACGUGGACAUCCGCGGAGAAGCCCCUGCUGUUCAGUACGAAGGCAGCGUGCGGGGCCAAGUGCUGUACCCGCCGUCUUCGCGUGCGAAGGCGCAGAGUGCUGCUGCUGCUGCUGCUGCUGCUGCUGCUGCUGCAGUGCUGUUUGCCGUGCUGACGUGCUACUUGCUGCGGCGCAAGCGGCUGCGCAGCCGCAGCAGCAGCAGCAGCAGCGAGCCCGAGGAGUUCAACUCCGACUCCGAAGGAGAGUUGAAUUCAAAUUAUGAUGAAGACAGUUCAGAAGAAGAAGAAGAUGAAGAAGAUUUAGAUGCAGAUGAAGAAGCAGAGGAGUCCAGCGGCGAGUUCGGAGAUUGGGAUCUUCCCAAGAAGCUCCGAGACGCGAAGCCGCAGCAGCAGCAGGACUUCGAGCUGCCGCCAAACGUGGUCCAGUGGUCACGGCGCUGGAAAGACGGCUCUGCUGCUCAACCUGCUGCUGCUGCUGCUGCUGCUGCUGCUGCUGCUGCUGCUGCUUCUGGGUACAAUUCGCCCACUUCGUUCGCUGGCCCGGACACAGAGGCAAUGUUUGAGAAUAUAGUGGUUCACGGCGGAACAAUGGAGUUCAGAAGGCCAUCGAGCAGUCAGCCGGGGAAAUUCGACACCUUUCUGAUCACGGCAAUUCCUGACCCGUGGCUGCCCGAAGAGGAGCUGGCCUCGCACCCCCUGGCGCCGCUGCGGAAAGAGUUUUCUCCCGUGGCUGCUGGAUUUGUCGAAGAGGCUCUGCAGAAGGUGCCGGCGAGGGAGCUGGAGGAAGGCGAACACAACCCGUUCAAGGUGGUCACCCUUGAAGGCUACGGGAAGUUCCUGCUGCAGCUGGCCAGGGAAGAUCAGUACAGUGUCAUUUUAUGCCACCUUCCCACCGCGGAUGUCGCCGUUGUGUUGAACCAGCCUGAAGGUUUCGACGAAGCUAUUCCCAUUCUGACGGAAGACUUUGAAGAUUUGGACUCUUUCCGCAUGGAGCUGGAGACCGAAAUCGAAAGUCUGGUUCAACGAGCUGCCAGCCAACCCAACCCCUACAAAGUGCUCCGGCUGGGCCACAGGCCCGGCGUGCCAGCGACAACUGUCAUUUCGCUCUACGGUGAGAAGUCUGAGAGAGCUGCUGGCGACUGCGGGGAAAGCCUUGUAAAAAAUAAAACGGAGGCGGACCAUCUGGACGUCGAUGGCGAAGUGGGAUUCUGGGAGUUCAAGAAACGCCUGAGCGCCGCAGCGCUCACUGCAGCAGCUCUCCGCCGGGUGCAGGCCGCUGCAGCUUGUGCUUCUGUCAUGUCAGUUAUGUUCAAGUGCCGCAAAGGCCCUUGUUGCAGAGGAGAAGCAGAAAAGGCUUCGUUGGAGCUGCCUAUUAUGCACAGCGCCAUUUGCGGAGGCUGUGGGCUCUGCUUGUCCUGCUGCGGCGAGCCAGUGCAGAUAUGUGUACAGCUAGGAGAUGCGAAGAGUCUGCGGGGCACUUCUCGAUGGGUUUUGCUGAUGGCUUUUGCUGAUCGUUUCAGCCACAGAUCGCGGGUGAACGCCGUCAGAUCCUGGGCGGUGCUCGCCAGAUUGUCCGUGUAUGCACAAGACGCCAGUCUCAGCUGA